UUAUGACAACACCAUAUUUCAUAGGGUUGUACCUGAAUUUAUAAUACAAGGUGGUGAUCCAACUGGUACUGGCUCAGGAGGAGAAUCUAUCUAUGGAGCCCCUUUCAAGGAUGAAUUCCAUUCACGAUUGCGUUUUAUUCGACGAGGACUUGUUGCCAUGGCAAAUUCCGAGCCUCAUGACAAUGGCAGCCAGUUCUUUUUCACUUUGGGGCGGGCAGAUGAACUUAACAACAAACACACUAUCUUUGGAAAGAUCACUGGAGAUACUGUAUAUAAUAUGUUGCGACUUUCAGAAGUUGAAAUUGGCCCGGACGAAAGACCAGUCAAUCCAUAUAAAAUAACAAGUACAGAGGUUUUAUUUAAUCCUUUUGAUGAUAUAAUUCCAAGGACGACUAAAAAGCUGAAGAAUGAGAAACCAGUGGAAGAAGUUGAGAAGGCAAAAUCAAAGGGCACAAAAAAUUUUAGCCUGCUUUCAUUUGGAGAAGAAGCUGAGGAGGAAGAAGUAGAAGUCAACAGAGUUAGUCAGAGCAUGAAAGGAAAAAGCAAAAGUAGUCAUGAUUUACUGAAAGAUGAUCCACACCUGAGUUCUGUUCCUGCCAUUGACAGUGAAAAAGCAAAUGAAAGUGAUAAUUCAGAUAAGGAAGAAGAGGAGGGAUAUUAUGAUGAAGAUGAUGAUCUUGAUAAUGAAGAAAAGAAUGAGAUGAAAAAACGAGUUAUGCAGAAGUUAAAGAAAAAUACUGAUGUACCUGUUAAAAAAAUAACAGAAGGAGAACCAAAGCAGAAGAGUAGCCGUAGUCCCUGACUACCAUCUCUGCUA